GGAUUUUUUUGCGCCAGUCGGUGGGGUCGGGGCGGGACGGAAGGUGUCGAUAGGCUUCCACCUCAACCUCCGCCUCCUAUUGCCACCAGCCUUACCAAAAGUCAUCAAUUUCGAAUAAUAACAAAGAAAAAACGCAGAGAGAAAAAUCAAAUCAGAAAAUGGAAGGAGGGCCAUCUCAAAGCAACCUGAAGCGCUCCUUUGUUGAAGACGCCGAAUCAAACAAACCCCCUCCUGAAAAGAGGGUGAGGUUUCCAAAAGGGAAGAAGGUGAAGUUGGGAGACUAUGUAUUUGAGGAUUCACACAGUAAAGAUGUUCCUAAUUGGAGUGAUUCCCGUCUUGCUGCCAAAGAGCGUACAGUGCGGCGGAAUAAGAUUGCAGAGGAACUUCUUGGUGAUGAAAACAGAGAUUUCCUCCCCGAUAUAACAAAGGCCGAAGUCUAUUACAAGGACUCUGAAACACUGGUUGAGGAAGGAGUCCAGAUAGAUCCUUUUAAUCUGGAUAAAGAAAGAGAAGAAGGAUACUUUGAUGCCAAUGGAAAUUAUGUUGAAUACGUGAAUGAGAAUGAGAUCAAGGAUGCAUGGCUUGAUAGUGUUGAUGUCUAUGAAAAGUAUAAUGCAAAAAGUUCUAUUCCAACUAGUAACGAUGAAGAAUCUCGUGACCUUACCUCGGAAGAACUUGCAAAAAUAAAGAGGCGGAUUGCUAAUGUUCUUGAGCCUGGAGAAACGGUUUUGCAAGCUUUGAGGAGAUUGAAAGGAACCUCAGGUAGCAAGAAGCAGAAGAUGUCUGCAGAAACUAAAUUGCUGUUUGAUAAGCUAACUGAAGAUGCUAUGAAACUGAUGGAGAGUGGGGAUUACAAUGUGUAUGAUGAAAGACAAGAAAGUUUUCAGCGUGAAGCAGAGGGUUAUGAGAAGUUAGCUCAGGCAACGAUGCAGAGUACCUCCAUGAGUUCAGGACAGGAGAACUCAUAUGAUGAAGAUGCCAUUCCAAAUGGGACAGACGUGAUUAGACCCUCUUCUAUACCAUCCAACAUCGACAGGGAUUCUUCAAAACUUGGAAUUUCUACCAGCGCAAAUGAUGGUGAUGAUGCUUUUGACAUAUUCUCGGAAGAUGAUGUAAAUAUUUCUGUGAAUUUAGCCUCCGAUGGGAGUGGAUCUGUUCCUGUUCAGCCUUCUGAAGGUGGAGAUCUGCAGAAUGAUUAUGUACAUGAUGAGUCUUCUGGAUACUACUACAGCAGCAGUUUGGGUUACUACUAUGACCCUUCUUCGGGGCUAUAUUGCUCUGCAGCAUCAGGACAAUGGUACUCUUAUAAUGAAGUGUCGGGGGGUUAUGAGGAGGUCCAACAAACUGCAUCCAGCGUGAGCUGAGGAAAUAUAGAGUUUCCUCGUUUAAAGGUGUUGAUUCAUUUAUGUAUGUUUGGAUUGGAACCGAUGGGGAUUGGCAGUAUCAUUGAAACUCAGUAAUAAACUAAAGCUGGCCGAAAUUGUUUACAGUCUUGCCCACACGACUAAACGGAAAAUAAAAUAGCAGAAUUAGAAUAAUGCUGUUCAAACAGGGAUUCCCAAGUGUGUCAUUUAUUUAUUUAUCAUUAUUACAAACUGUCAAAAAUGAUGUUGCGCAAUGUGUCUCCCUCAUUUUAAACCUUCUCAUUGAGUUUGAUUGUGUCGCAUGAUUGACAUGAUUAUGCAAGAGAUGUAGAAACCUUGUACUACAAAGGUCACGACGAUAUGGAUCGAAAUAGUAACUGCCCCUGAUUGUUGUUUCUUUGCGUUUAAAUUACUACUGCAUGCUGAUGUGAUGUAAUCGAGUGACAGAGACACUUCACAAUCCAAAUGUUAUUGUUUCAUUAGUUGCUUGAUUCUGGAAGUUGCCAUGUGAACCUGUUCUAUAUCUUUAGCGGGACAGCCAAUUAGUCUAAAGACUUUUUGAAAUUGAAAGAUAGAAUAGAUGAUCUUUUAUGAUUUGAA